AUGGAAUACUUCAGAAAAUGUUCGUAUUUACCGCAGAAGCGCCUAACCGAUAAAUACUUUUGUACCAUUUGUAAAAAAAUAUUCAAUUUAAAAAGUAGUUUGGACGGGCAUCUCUUCAGAUACCAUCAAAUCGGCGAUUUGUCCUUUGAGUGCGAUGAGUGUGGUAAAAAGUUCUCACAAAAAACUAUACUCCAACAGCACGUACAACGAAUGCACGCCAGCAGAAAAUAUCGCUGCGAAUUUUGCGACAAACUAUUUGCCACAAAAUCGGAACAAAAUUUUCACACCAGAAUACACACGGACGAAAAACCACAUGUCUGUGAAUUUUGUGGAAAAUCUUUUAGAAUUAAAACUCAAUUGGGUUAUCAUGUCACCGCUGUCCACACGAAAAUACGUGCCCACAAAUGUAACAUGUGUCCCAAGGAUUUUCUAACAAAACGUGACCUAACGGACCACAUUAAAGCUCAUUUGAAUAUACGUGACAAGAUAUGUGAAACUUGUGGAAAAGGGUUUUCGAAUAAUCAUUCAUUUAGACGACAUCGUCAAAUACAUUCGGAAAUCAAAAGAUAUGAGUGUAAAAUGUGUGACGAGAAGUUCAAUCAAUUAAUAAGUUUACACAGACAUAAAAAGCGUAUUCACAAGGACGUAAAGGGAGUUCAGAAAAAAUAGUAAAUUUAUUAUUUUAUAAAUAACAUACAUUAACAAUAAACAUGAUAAAAGUAAAAAUAAUUUAGAAUUUGUGAAAUUGUUUCUUUUACAAAAAAUCGUGCUUUAGGUAUUACCGUAUAGCUUAGUAUGUCGUAUUAUCGUAUAGCUUAGGAUGUCCGCAAAUUUCUUAAUUUUGCUUUUCAUUUGUAGUUUAAUUUUAACUGUUAAAUUACUCUUUAAGUGUAUCUAAAGUAUUUUUAUUCCUCGUUUACGUGCAACGAAUGCCAUUUGGAAAUACUUUCCGAAACAAUAAAAACAUUAGCACGUUUCCACAACAAUUGGCCAACAAUUGUCAACUUGUCGAGUUCUAUAUUGUGCAACACUUACUAAAAAACUUUUGCCUUUUAAACUGACUCUUGAAAUAUUCCAAUAUAUUUGUUGAUUUUAUCCAACUGUAUAUUAUUAGAGAAAAUAAUGAAAUUUAUUGUACCACUAUUAAGGAAAUGGAAAUAUACAAU